AUGAAACUCCCCCUGCUCCUGCUGUUCCUCCUGCUGGGGACAGUUGCUGCUUUUCAUCUGAGGAAUGAUGCCCCCUAUCUGGACAGCCAAGAGUCACAGGCAGACCUGAGCCAGGAUCUGGAAAGCCCAGGGGAGCAGAAGGGAGAGUCAGUCCUGACUGAGGAGGGGAUUCAGUCUGAAAAAGAGCACGUGCAGGUUUCCAGCUACCAAGAUGCCUUUGAGGACGACAAGAAGGCCAUGGAGUCGCACCCAGGUGCCCUAGACAAGAACUUGCAGUGCCCCAGGGCAGAGGACACAGUGGAAAUAAGCGGCAGUCCUGGGUGCAAGACCUGCCGCUACGUGUUGGUGCAGACUCUGCUAACUUUUGCAGACGCUCAGGGCACCUGCAGGAGGUGCUACAGAGGCAACCUCGUCUCUGUCCAUAACCUCAGCAUCAACUAUCAAAUCCAGGCCUUGGCCAGGCUACUUCAGGUCUGGAUUGGAGGCGCCAUCGGGGGCUGGUGCUCCGGGUUUCACUGGAUUGAUGGGAGCAGUGUAAAUUUUAAUUACUGGGCACAUCAUCAUGGGCAUGGCCACUGUGUGUCCCUAUGGAGAGGGGGUUACUGGCAACAAUCAAGUUGCGCAACACAUCUGCCCUUCAUCUGCUCCUACUAAGCCAGUGGCUCAGAAGAGAUCCUGCCUGGAGUCCCCUCCCUACACCCCUCCUGGCCGCCCCUGGCUCACCC